UUGCUGCUAAAUCUAACCUUAACGAAAUAACUCGAUAGUCGACGGGGAUUGUUUAAUUUUUUUUUUAUUGUAUUAAUUAUUUACACGUACGUGUGUAUAUGUUAAUUAAAUUUUCCAGCCCGAUUUAAUGUACAUAUACGUGUUUUGCAAUCCGUUUAAUCACCGAACGUAAAAGUCUGGAUAUUCCGAGGACGGUCGUCGCGUUCGCUCCCGUUCGUUGUUCCCAGUUGCGAGUUCUUUUAUUAAUGUGUAGGUGCGAAAAAAUACAAGUAACAAAUACACACGUUACAGAAGUAAAUAAAAUCCCCAGUGAUGCAUAACAUAUAUCCCCUGGCCAGAGGAGACCCCUUGUGCCCCCUAGGUUUCCACCCGCAAGUCCGAUGGCCUACCAGAUGCAAAAGAUGCUUCAGGGAUUAUAAGGAGCAUGGGGGUAAGAAGAGGGAGGAGCCGAGUUUGCGACGAGAUAGUUCCACAGCAUCCACUCCUAGCUUAUCUUUAAAUUUAAGUGAUGGUAGUAUAAAAAGAAAUUGGGUAUCCAGUUCGAACUUAGCUGCAGAAAAUGGUAAGACAGGAAAUUCCAACAGUGCCAGUGACCAAUCAAAUCCGUCUUCCUGGGUUUCGACGUCAGAUUUGGCAAAUUUGCAGGAUGACAUGCAGGCAGUACCGACAGUCAGUAUUAAGUUGCCGCCUAAGCGGAAACAGAAGCCUUUGGAUACUGGACAGAGAACCGUUUCAGAUAGUUUCUCGAUCAUAAAAGAACGAACUUCCCCAAUGUUUAAUAAAUCUGAUAGUUUAUCAGACAGGGUAAGGAAGUUCCAAGCAUCCAAGACAGAAAGCAAAAGGAUCCAAGUAAAGGAACUUAAAACAGUAUCGGAGGAUACCAACAAUCACGAUGUACAUUAUCUCAUCCAAGUCCAAAAACGUACUAAAGAUGACUACUACGACAGUUCAUCGAGCUCAGACCAUGACGACACCCUUAGUAAUGCUGGUACUGAAACAACCGACACCACCUUAGUAGGGAUCGACUCAGAACUAAAAGAACAACUAGACAGUCUCAAGGCAGAACUAGAAACCACCAAGACAAAAUGCGAUCGUUUGGAACGUGAGAAGAGCGACAUUUUGCUCCGAAGACUGGCUGCUAUGGAAACCACUACGAGCAAAACGACAGCUACAGAGGUGUUGAAGUUGCAGCAGAAAUGUAACGAGAUGCAGCAGCAGCUGGAGGAUUGUAGAGAUGAAAGACGUAGUUUGACCCUGAGGGUUAAGGAGCUGGAAGCUGACUUAGAUCUUAGGCCGACGGUGCAGGAGGCGCAGAAGAUAGCUGAUGAGCUAAGGUCAAAAUUGCUAGCAGCUGAGACUGUAUGUGAGGAGUUAAUGGAUGAGAAUGAAGAUAUGAAGAAGGAGUUGAGGGAUAUGGAAGAGCAGCUGGAUGAGAUGCAAGACAACUUUAGGGAGGACCAGGCAGUGGAGUAUACGUCCAUUAAAAAGGAGUUGGAUCAAACCACUAAGAACUGUCGAAUAUUAUCGUUUAAGCUAAGAAAAGCUGAGAGGAAGGUUGAACAACUGGAAGCUGAAAAGGUUGAAAUGGAUAAGAAAAUGAAUGAGAUUUCAGGGGGAGCAGGAGGAACCUUAACGCAUUUGGAUAGGAUUAAGCAACUAGAGCAAGACUUAAAAGUAGCCAAUGAGGUCUCAUUAAGGCUGCAGAAGGAACUGGAAGAAAGCAAUAGAAAAUUAGAAGAGAGCACCAAGACAACAUCGAAAAAAACCAAAGCUCCUCCCUUAGGGGUCAUUGGUAAAAGCUCUUCUGGAGAAGGGCAAAAAGUAUCCAGGGCGAGUCUUACCAGAGGGGGUUCUCAAGAUGAUCCUGCUCAACUACUACGAGACUUACAAGAUUCCUUGGAGCGAGAGGCUGAUUUGAGGGAGCAGCUGAAGUUUGCCGAAGAGGAGGCAGAAAACUUACGCAAGAAAGUCUCACGUAUAGAAGAGGACAACGAAUCAUUAGUGCUCCAACUGAAAAAAAUGGCUACCAAGGCUAGAAGUCGAAAAUUGAGUCCAACCAACCAAAGACUUACGCCAGACUCAAAAGACUCCAAGAACCAGUCGGAUGACGAUAACCUCGAAGAUUUGAAGCUUCAACUGGAGCUGAGCGAGCAAGAAGCUUCAGUGCUGCGAAAGAAAAUUGAAGAAUCCGAAGCUGACAACAGACGGUUAAAAGUAAAAGUGAAAGACCUUCAGGAUAAGUUGAUUACCAAAGGCACUAGCAGGAAGUCAUUGCCAACAAGUGAUAAAGGAGACACCAUUGAUAGCCAGAAAAUCAAGAUACUUGAAGACGAAACCACCGAUUUAAGAAAGAAACUGAUAGAAAAAGAAAGAGACUGCGAGAGGCUACAUGCUGAGUUGACUUUGAAUCAGAAACGUUCCAAGAGCGUCCAGAAGUCCAAGUCUUUGGACCUCGAUCAGCAAACUCUGGAUCUAAAAAGGCAGUUGCAACUGAUCGAGCAGGAGGCGUCCAUCUUAAGAAGCAAAGUGCAAAGCUUAGAGUCUGAAUGCGAGAAACUUACUGCUGAAAACAAGAAGCUCAGCCUGCUGAAGAGUAUUAAAGGAAAAACUAGUGAAAAGUCAGUGGAAAAGUAUAUGGACCGGAUAGCAGCUCUUGAGGUUGAACUUAAUGAAAGCAAACAAGUUAUUAGGGAGCUUCAAGGAAUGGGAAACGGGGCACAAAGUAGUAGUAAGGUGAGUCAAGGAGAUUUCAAGAAGUUUAGCAGUAGAACUCCAAAGAAAGUGUCAGCACUAACAUCUCGAGACCAACUAAAAACCAUGGUUAGCGACCUGGAGAAGGAGAUAAGUGAGAUUCUGAUGUGUAUGAAGACCAGCGAGAAUGAAAAGAUAAAACUGGAAGAGGAACUGAAGAGGUUAAAGGAAAAUAGUGAAACAGGUAAAGCUUUGGAUGAAAUAAGAGAGCUGUACAAAAAGUUUGGCAACGUGGAGAAGUAUGAUGAUGAGAAAAGUAAGAAAUCAAAACUAGCCAGAAAUAGUGGUGAAAUGUCUUUGGAGAUAAGCAAAAUUCGGGAUGUUAUUGAAAAAGCCACUAUUGAGAAAAAUGAGGCGAAAGAGCAACUGGAUAAGGUGAACAAGGAACACAAGAAGACCCUGAAAGAAAGACUAGAUCUGGAAAAUAAAAUUCUAGAUUUACAAAAUAAGAUCAAAAUUAUGGAGUCCGACAAGCAAGAAGCGGCCACUUUAAAUAAAAAAAUUAAUAAUUUGCAAAACUCCCUGGACGAAAAAGACAGUGAAAUAAAUAACCUCAAAAAGGGUGCUGCUGAACUAGUAAAGCUCUCCAAUGAGGUGUCAUUAAAAGACAAAAAAAUAACCGACUUAGAAAGUCGCGUAGAAAAGUUUGAAACUAAAUACACUGAAUGCAACAAGAAACUCAAAGAGCACAGCAAAGAGUUUGACUCUAAGCUUGAAAAAGAGAAACAGAAACUGAAAGACCUUGAAGAUAGCCUGAGCAAGAUGGAAGACGAGAAACGGAAAGUCAGUUAUCAAGCUGAGACAUUAAACACAAAAAUCAAAGGAUACGAAAACACCAUCAACCAAAAAGACAAACUAAUCAAACAAUUGGAAGAAAGUCUGGCCAAGGAGCGAGAGGUGGUCUCCAAAACCAACCUGAAAAUAGGCGAACUUGAAGGUAGGGAAAUCAGCAAGCUGAAAAGCGAACUGAGCAAGAAGAACGUGGUUGUAUCCGAGCUAGAAUCGAAGCUAGAGAUGGCAAACAAAAACCAGCAGAACUUGCAGGAUAAAAUUAAAAAAUCCGAGGCGGCUUCCUCUAGUGCCCAAGUAGACUUAGAAAAGAAGAUCAAAGAACUACAGAUCGACUUACAAAACGAAAAGAAAAAGGUUGAGAUCUUAAAGGCAAACGCUGAGAAGGAACAUAAAAAUAGGGAGCAAGAACUUAUAGCGUUAAAAACAAAAAUUAAGCAGCUUGAAGCUAACGCUUCUGGUGGAGGAGUGAAGAGAGAACUGGAUUUCAAACACUUCCAAGAGUCUAUUGAAAAACUAGAGAACACUAUCACAAAAGAAAGGCAAAAGUACGACGACCUUACUGCUAAGUAUGAAAUAUUGGAGGAGGAACAUGUGGUUACCAAAGCAAAACUGGUGAUGGAGAAGGAAACAUUGGAAAAUCAAUUUAAAAACUUAAAAAAAGACCAAACCCAACUAGAAACUGAACUGAGGACCUUAAGAGACACGUACACCAGCCACCAAGACGGUUGGAUCAAAGAAAAGCUUGAGUUGGAGCAAAAGGUUAAAGAUUUAUCAAAAAUCAACUAUAACGGCAACGACAUUGAGAAACAAAGACUGAAAGCGCUCUUCGAGGAGAAACAAUCCGAGCUGGAACAGGUUAAGAAGGAGUACGAGCUCAUCCACGAUCAAAUGGAGUAUAUGAGGCGAGAAAACGACGAGUUAAAAAGGAAACUGGAUGAUUAUGAAAAAGUUAAUAAAGUCCAGAGGAAUAUUAGUGCUGACUCCUCCGCUAUGGAGCAAGAGAUUCGACAGCUAAGGAUCAAAUUGAAUAAUGCAGACAAGGGUCGUAAAGCGGACGUAGGCGAAUGCAAGAUGCGAUAUGAAGCCCAACUGAGCGUGGUGAAUCAAGAAAUCCAAUCCCUACAAAACCAGGUGCUACGGUUCAAGCGUGAACGUGACAAUUACAAGCAUAUGUUGGAAACCGCUCAAAAAACCAUGGGAGAACUAAAACAUUCCCCCAGAAUCUCUAGGGGAGCUGGACAUGACGAAAAGAAACAGUAUUACGAUGAGCUAGAGGAAUCCAAAUCAAAAGUAGCAAACUUGGAGCAGCAAAUCAGUUGCAUGGAAGACGAACUGUCUGAAGCAAGACUGGAGAGUUCUAGAUUAAAAACGGAACUAAUAUCAGAGAAAUCUUCAUGGGAAGUCCGAUUGUCUGAACUCCAUUCGAAAGUGAACGAGCUUGAAGAGGAGAAGGUUCUUAAUAGUGGUCGCACGAAGAUAAUGGGGUUGAGAACAAGGAUGGAGCUUGCUUGGCAAAAGGAGCGUGAAGAGCAGCAAAGGUUACUGCAAGAAACCGCUACAUUAGCGCGUGAUUUGCGGCAAACAUUAUUUGAAGUGGAACGGGAAAGAGAUAAAGAACGUCUCGAAGCCAAGAGGAAGCAGGAUCAGUAUAAAAAAACAUCUGAAGAAGAACAAGAAGAGACCAAGCGAAAGCUCACUGAGCUACAGUGUGAUCUUCUUGAGCUACGUGACGCUCACGCAAAACUAAGAACAACCAACGAGAAACUCCGAAGAGAAAAAGAACGUUUCGACAAGGAGCGUGAAUCAUUUAGAUUAUCAAGACUGGAGAGUCGCAAAUACGAAGAUGACUCUAAGGUUGAGAGAAUAAUUGAGCAAGUGGACAUCCUGAAGCAAGUUGCCCCCGAAUUGUUCUUUUCAAAAGACCAAGAGGCUCCAUACACUCCAACUCCUCCAAGGCGUACAAAGUCGAAGUCCAGAGAAACAUCGCCCGUCAUAGGAGCAACUGAGCCAAGCCAAGAAGACAAGCAACAACAAAUACAAAGGAUUAUGUUAAGGCUGGUUAAUACCACCGAGGACCUACGUAAGAUUCAAAAGUUCAACGAGCGUGACAUAGAAAGAGAACGAAUAAGAAAAAUGGGCAUGCGCAGAGCUACUUCCACUGAAGCAGAGAACGUUGGCAGCGCCAGGUAUGGAAAAACAAUCAAAAAGCAAACUUCUUUAGAAAGACAAGGCAGUCUGCAAAGGAAGAGUUUAUCUCUCGAACACAAUAUCCAGGCAGACCAAAACAUUUGGAGGAGUGAUGACUAUGGUGACAGUUUGUCAAGUCUACAAUCGUUUGAUGGUGAGGCUGAUAAGAUGGUGAAGAGAGACUCCAGCUUGGACAGCAGAUUGUCCGGAGGGUCGACGCAAAGUGACGUUGGUGACAAGAAGAAGAAGAAGUCACUAAUGGGCAAAUUGAAGAAACUGACAAAGUCCAGGAGUAUAGACGAUCAAGAUCCGGGAACUUUCUCUGAGCCUAGAAAUUUAAGUUCUAAGAGCAGUACAAAAAACAACUCUAACUCAGACGUAAACGAGGAAAAGGGCAGCAAAUCAAACUUAAAAGAACGAAUAAGUGGCAUAUUCAGGCGAAGUGGGUCAUCUUCCCGAAGCAACAGUCAAGAACGGAGGGAAACGAGUUCAACUCAGAGACCCCUAAUACGGAAUGGUACCAAAGUAAGCGCAAGCUCGUCCAACGCAAGCUAGUAUUAGUAAAUGUUGUUUUAAUGAAUCAAUCAAUGGAUGUUUAGUGCAGUGUUCGCUACCUAGAUUGAUGUUUUAUGGUCCUUAGUUCAAACAAACUAUUUGAUUCUCAUCUUAGUUUGGUUCCAGAAUAUUUAAAAUAUUCCUUGUGGGAUAAAGAUCUUAUUUUGUGGAGAACGAACUAGUCAUUUAAGGUGCAUAUUAAAAACUAAUUUUUGUCCCUCAACCCUAAAUAAAAUUUAAGCUAAUAUUGAUCACCUUGGGUCCCGACAAUGCCGCAGUGGGAAAACGCUGAACUAAGGAUCGAUUUAGCCGGGAUCAAUGUACUCCUUUCCUAUAAUAGUUAAAAAGAUUCCUGUAAGAACUUAAUUGAACAAUAAUUCUAAAUGUUGUAACAUUUGAUAAAAUAAACCAUAUUUUCCAUGCUCAA